AUGCUAAAAGCCAAACUUGACCGCCAAAGCGGCUUCUACAUCGACCUCGACGCGCCGCCAAAAUGCUCCUUCGUUCCUGGUGACAAUAUCGCCGGCAACAUAGUCCUGCAAAAAGAUAAUAUUAUCACGUCCAAGGCCACGCUCAAAGUGGAGUUGACGGGAAUCGCAAAAACACAGAUUGGACAAAGUGCUACGAAUGAUCAGUUGCAUAGAACGUACCGCGAUGAAUGGCACUUCUUAGCCCCGAAUCAGACGACGAUUUUCCAAGGACCGCUACACAUAUCCAAGGGUAGCAGUGAGGCGUCUAGCUGGCCAUUUCAAUUCCAGAUCCCAACCGAGCCAACGUGGCCGAAGCAAAAAAUGCACAUUGAAACCGAAGGCUUCAUUUCCAAAGACAGGGAUCAUGAAGCGCACCGCGUCUUACCGGGAUCCUUCUUUAGCAGUGGGGGCUUGGGACGGUUGUACUCCGAAGGUUCGAUUGAAUAUGCACUACAAGCAUGGCUUCACUAUAAGCGAGGUGAUACGCAUCAUAUCGAGCGUGCAAGCUGGCCUAUUGAUGUGGGAUUUCCCGUCUGGAGUACAACCGGGCAGCUUUAUCAAACGAUCAAGUCAGCUACUCCGGAUAUGAUGAUCCAGAGCCAGCGAUUGCGCCCUGGAAUGGAAAAUGCCAGUUUAUCGCUCAAACAAAAUACCCAGAAACUCUUUGGCUCGUCCAAGAUUCCGGAAUGGCAUUAUAAGAUUGUUGUUGAAUCGCCGUCUGUCGUCCAGCUCGAUAAUCCAGUGCCACUCCCUAUUACACUGCAAUUCAUCUCGUUGCCCGACAAAUCUAGUAUUGGUGUUAAAGAUGUUGCUCCAACUGUCCGAAUCAACUACGUGAAAAUGGCCGUGGAUACGGUAACGGGCAUUCUAGUGCCCAGGGCGUUGAACAUGUCUAUUAACCGUGAGCACGAUUCCUCUAUCGAUGUCGGGUUGGAAAAAGUCUUCGAGAAUCUCGAGACGCCUUUGGAGGUGACUGUUAAGGCUGAGGGCACCGAGUCCGUUGAUAUUGGGAGCAUGUUCAAGCUUGCCCUUCAUACGGACUGUGCGACGGCCGGUGAGCGACAGCUGAACGGCUGGGUGGUUAAUAAGAUUGAGCCGGAUUUCGUUUUCCCUACAAUUCAGCGGAGGAAUUAUUUGCAUUUGAAGAUCAACGUUACUAUAGCGGGGGAGACGAGAACUGUUGAUUUUAAGAAGGCGAUGAUAGUACUUGCACAAGCUUGA